CCCACUUGACGGCGGCCGCCUACAGCCAAAACAAUCCGCUGUCAAAACCACACACACACACACACACACACACAGACACGCUCACAGGUGAUUUCGUGUUGAUGCGAAAUUAGUGCAACUUUAUUCAGCCGGAACCGAAACGCAGCGCAGAUCAAACCCACUCACCAACGCCCAUCAACACCGCAAACGCAGCAGCACAUCGAACGAUGGCACCAGCAGCAACGGCCGCCCCGGUCGUCGAUCUGUCGACGGAGGAGCUGGACUGGAUACAGAUGCGGAAGGACUUUUCCGGCGUGCACGCGGAAACGACCAAGGAGAAGAUGGCGCGCAAGAUCAACGAGAACCCGCUGGUGCCGAUCGGGUGCGCCGCCACGCUGACCGCGCUCGGCUUCGGGCUGUGGAACUUCCGCCAGGGCCGGUCCCAGAUGUCGCAGUACAUGAUGCGGGCGCGCAUCCUGGCCCAGGGCUUCACCGUGAUUGCGCUCAUCAUUGGCGUGGGCAUGACGUACGGUAGCAAGGAGCCGGCGGCAAAGAAGUAGACUCCCGGAUUUGUUUGUUUUGUACCAAAAUUUGUUCGCUUGUAAUUUUAAUCUGAUUGGAAUAGAGAUGCGGGUGGGAGCAGGGUGCAGGGUGGUGAUGGGGCGAGCGGUGGCCCAAUGCAUUUGCACCACCUCGUAGGUGACCGUUCGGCCCCAUCCCCCACCCCCCUCUUUCUCUCCCCCGCUUAUGCAACCCGCAGUCGGCGGGGCCAGGGCUAGCUAAA